GUGCUAGGUGGGUAAUUGGUGCCGGAACGGGCAAAGUCCUUGGCGUCUUUUUCUGCCUGGUUGUGCUGUUUUCAGGUGAAGUGGAUAGCAGCCGCUGGCUUCUCUCGUACGCUGUGUAGACAGACAACACUGAGCUCACCUGUCCUGUCCUGCGAUGGAGAAGCGGCUGCAGGUGAGGCCGUGGAUAACAAGGUGUAGAGCUGGAUGAACGCAGCAGGCCAGGCAGCAUCAGUGGAGCAGGAAAGCUGACGUUUCGGGUCUGGACCCAUCUUCCGCCUCAGUCCGGCCAAGUGGGCCAUGUUGGCACUCCUCUAAGACCGAUUCUUGUAGAUCUCCAUCCGUGACUCCGAGUGGUGUACUGUAUUUUCUUUACCCUUUCAGCCUGCAUUCGAUAAAUCGAAUGGAAGAAGAUUACGUUGUUGAGCUCGGAGCUCGGGACGUGCCUGCUUCUGUUUUUCAAGGAGGGAAGAAAAUCAGUUUACGUGGGGAAUGACUCAGGCAUCUGCUUUAAGCUUUAAGGAUUGAAGCUUAGAUGAAGGAUGGCUGAUUGGGCUUACUGAAGGAAGAUGACUCAACCUUUAUUACAGUAUUGUCUUUACGUCUUUGGGUGUCUGGACCUGACUGAAGGGAGGGAGAAUGAGCUGGGAUUGUGAGAUCCUGCAAGCACAAGAUUGUACUGGAAAAUGAGGUAACAAGAGUGCAAAGAAGAGUCAUGUUCUAUACCUAGCAUCCUAAUACAAGAGCUCCUGGAAUGUAACAUUAGCCAAAACAGGAAAUGAUGGUAAAUAAUUGGUUUCUGCCUGGAAAAAACUAUUGAAUGAACCUAUAGCAUAUCAACUGCUUGCGAAGGUUAAAUAUUAAGUUUGUAUGUAAAGAUGGUUCUACGUGAAUCUCCUUUCCCCAAUGCCUGUGUCCAUGGCUUACACACUGCAGCCUGGGGCUUGAUUUUCCCCUGUUUCUGGUCACUGGAUCAUAUGGUAGCAUCUUGUAAGCCAACAACUUAUGAGCAGCAACAGAAACAAGAGCAAGAGUGCUAUCUUUGGCCACUGGAAGUUUUCUUCAGAUUUCUUAUGUAUGUGACUUUGUUGGUAUUCUCUGUGCCAUUGGCAUUAAUUGGAUUCAUCAUCUGGGCACCUUUACAAAUAGUGAGAAGACCUUUCAAUUAUUCCUGUGUGAAAACCCCAAAAGUAUACAUCCAGGAGGAGUGGAUGGGAUAUGGAGAGGGCAAAGGAUUUAGCUUUGUGGAGGCAAACUUGUGUUUUCUGCCUAACUGCUUGGCCCGCUUUAACAAUCUUUCUCAGACUCAAAGGAGAGCAGUCCGGAUUGCCAGCCAUAUCAGCGAUUCUGUCAACCGGCCAAGAAUUAAGGUUUGCGUGGAUUCUCCAACAAGUGUGACUGCCAGCUUUCAGAACAGCCCCUUGACUGGUGUUAAACAAGUAUCCUGCUGUGUGACUGGAACACAAGGACCCAGUGGGUCAGUUCUGGCUAUAAACAACCUACACCACAUUGAUAGCUCAGAGGAGAGCAGUGAAGUAGAUAAUGUCCACGAAUGUUUGGAUGCAUGUCAAAGCAACAAGGAUCCUUUGGAUCUUACAGUGAUGGAAGGAAACAACCAGUCAAGUACCUUGGAUGAGAUGCCACCCAACCAGCCCAGCAAGCAGCAAGCUCUGUCUUUCAACUCUCUGAACAGCCAGUGUGAACCUCAGAAAAAGCGAAACGUGGAAGAUGAUCUACCUGCAGAAAUAUCUCCGCUCUUUCCUGCUGAUGUAGCCUUUGUCUGUCUUCUGGAAGUGUUUGAGAAACGUGCAGCAGCCAAACUGAAGCAACUCCUUCAACCAGCUUUUGGACACAUCCUUUAUGAUGUAGGUGUUUAUGGCUUCCAAGGCUGUUGCGAGUUUAAAUUCUUCAACAGCGGUAUCUUCCUUGCCAGCCGCUAUCCCAUCCUAGAUGCCAAGUUUCAUUGCUUUCCUAAGAUCCGAGGAGAAGAUGGCCUUGCUGCUAAAGGUCUCCUGUGUGUUAAGAUCCAGGUUGGUUUAACUCAGAAAGGCCAUCAGAUUGUGGGAUAUCUCAGCUGCACUCACCUGCACGCCGUAGCAGAGGAUUCUCACAUUCGCCAAAGUCAACUGAGUCAUAUGAUAGUAUGGAUCAAUGAGUUCCAGAAUACAUCUAGGAACGUGGAAGAGAAGGUCGUGUUUGACGUUCUUUGUGGAGAUUUCAAUUUUGACAACUGUUCAUUAGAAGACCAAUUGGAACAGCAGCAUCAGCUACUCCAAAUAUACAAAGACCCCUGCUGUUUUGGACCGGGUAAAGAGAAACCUGGAGUCAUCGGUACACUAUUACAACAAAGAACCAUGUAUGAAGAUUCAGUGAAGAACCCAGAAAACUUGCAGCGAGCUUUGGAGAUUGAAGAAUUGAGGAAACAAUACCUGGAAUUUCCCAUCAACCCUGCUGUCAACACCACAGGCAGCACAGAGCCCAGAAAUGUAGGAGGUGGACGCAGGAUUGAUUAUUUGCUGUAUCGGGAAGACACUGUUUCAAAAGAAGUGAUUACUGAGCUGGAAGAAUUCACCUUUAUAACCCAGCUGGCUGGACUAACUGACCAUCUUCCUAUCGGAAUGAGGCUGUUCAUUUCCAUGGUGCCAGAGGUAGAUGAUGCAAAUCAUGGCAUUGAUGAUGGACCUUGACAAACCUGCUGCAACCAAAAGGAUUUGGAUAAGUGCCAGAAGCUUCAGAAAGUGAAUAAGAGAAAUAACUUAAUUUUAUUUUUGAAAAGGAACAUUAAAUAAAACUUUAGAAUUUCUCAAUAUUGAUGAGAACAAAACACCAUGGUAUUGAGAGAAUCUUCAGCUGCUUCAGAUGAGCAAUGUUGACAAUGGAGAGUGGGGUGUAUCCCAAAAUAAUACCUAGGACUGUAUUUUCAUCAUGGUUGAGAAAUGAGCAGGGCUUGUUUAGUGGCAAUAGAACCUACCUGUGGUAGGAAAUUGAUGUCACAAAUUUCAAGGGCAUUGGCCCUUAAUUGAUCUGGAUACUAAUUCCCUGCUCAGUUGGAAACAGUGGGAGUGGGUCAGAUCAAGUGUGGGACUUGAUUGAGGACUCCCAUUGGAAGUUUAUUUGAAGUUUGUUUCUCCGAAAGGAGAAAUCUGAUGCCCUAUCUUUUGACAGAUGUAAGAAAGCUGCCCUGGAAUUCCAAAUGCUGCACACACAACGCAGAGCUGACCUGAGUCUAAUUUUGGUAGCUGUGAAAAAGGAGAAGAGGUUGUUAUGUGGAGGUCAUUGUGCAGAGCACUGGUCUUUUUUUUCCCCACUGUGUCUGUAGAGGGUUUUCCUCUGCACUAUAUAAAUGACACUUUAAAGUC